AUGUUUGGGAAGCUUUCUACACCUUCUUCUACUGUUGGUGCUGCAGGAGGGCAAACAUCCGCCAGUAAUCUGUUAUUUUCCCUGAGUCCAACUCAACAACAAUCAAACACAACUGUCCAUGGACCAGGCAUAGCUGCUUCUUUAGGAGCAGUCAAUAAUUCUAGUAAUGCCAGACCAUCGUCAUUAAUUCCAACGACAAACUCGGGGACGGCCCUGUCAUUUUCCAAGUCUUCGCUUGACGACAAUGCUCCCGGCACAAAGACAUCCAGACUCUUGAAGGACUUGAUCCAAUCAGCCACCAACUUACCCAAAUCACAAGACACAAAAUUAGGAGUUCUUAAUUUACCAUUGAGUGAAUUACAAAGAAUACUGAAUACUCUUAUUCAAAACAAGAAUGCUCCAAUCAAAGACUUUACACGUGCUCAUUAUUUCCUUGCCUCUAAUGGUAUAAGUACGGAAGACAUUGAGUCUGAAUUGGCCGAGUUACCUCAAAAAUAUACUACUGACGCCGGAUCUUUGGUGUUGGAAAAGUCGGCAGGUGAGGCUUCUACUACCAUUGCAACUGGUGGAUCUUUGGAAUCAUAUUUAGGUUCAAGAAAAGAUGAAAAUAUCUUAAAUUCAAUUGAACAAUCCCUACAGACAGCUAACAAUGAUUUUGAUGCAUUUAUUAAUUCCAAUAUCUCCAUCGAUUGGAAGGUUAGAAAGGAUAAGUUAAGGCUGUCAAUUGGCUUGAAGAGUAAUUCUCCAGCAGCUCCCACUUCAGCAUCUGCUCCUUCAAGUGCCAUCUCAUUUCCAUCUAGUUCAAAAUAUGGUACUUCUACCACUGAAAAUAACUCUGUUACUUGGAAUAAACCAAGUAUUGACGGUACAGUUACUCUUUUGGAUCAAAACUAUAAGUCUGCUGUUAAAAACAUUAGUCGAGAGAAAUUUGAAAGCCAUGCCAGAAUUGUAUACCAAAUGAAUGAAGCAAGAUUGAAAAAUGAAUUUUUCCCUUUAUGUCUUAGCUUUGAAGAGAUCAAUAAAUUGGCUAGCGAUCUCAAAUCCAAACAAAUGAUAGAUGUUUGGAAAUAUUUAAUUGAAUUAUCAAAUGAAAAGUUUUCUAAAAUCAGCAUUGAGAAUAAGUUUCAUGAUGACCCUAAACUUAACUCCACUAUUGUUAAACAUGGUAAGAAAUUCUUGGAACAACAGUUUUUCAAUUAUGUUGAUGAAGUAUAUCUCAGAGAUGAUUCCAAACCAGACAACUUUUCACCUGCCACCAAUGUAAAUAAGGUUUCAUUUUUCAUUCAUAAGAUUGUGCUUAAAAAUAAUCCCCAAAUAUCAAGAAAAACUUUAACAGCAAAUGGGAUCCCCGUCUGGGCUAUAGUUUUCUAUUUAUUCAGAUGUGGUCUUUAUCAAGACGCAUUACAUUUUGUUGAUACUAAUCGUCAAUUAUUCAACAUGCUUGAUACCAAUUUCCCAACUUAUUUGAUGAAGUUUGUUGAUGUUGAAAAUGGACAACUGACUGCUAACUUGCCAUUAAAUUUGACUGAAAGGUUGCAUCAAGAUUUCAAUACACAAUUCUCAAUGUUGAAUGAAAAUGAUGAAAGAUUUGACCCUUACAAAUAUUCCUUAUACAAAAUUAUUGGUAAGUGUGAUUUAUCCAAGAAAUAUUUACCACAAGCUAUCAACUUAAGUAUAGAAGAUUGGGUUUGGUUCCACUUAUCCAUUAUAAAUGAGGAUAAUGUUAGAGAAUCUGGGUUAAUAUUUGAUAAUUAUUAUUUGGUUGAUUUUCAACAAAAGGUACUUUCCCUUGGACCCAAAGUGUUCAAUACUUCUUCAAAUAAUCCAUUAUAUUUGAAGACCUUAAUCUUGAGUGGGUUAUUCGAAGUUGCUGUCAAUUAUACCUAUGAGAAUAUUAAUGACUAUUCUGCAACGCAUUUGGCAAUUGCCCUUAAAUAUUAUGGUUUGUUGAAGGUUGCUCCAUCCAACAAUAAGAAUGAGAUCUUGGUAUCAUUAUUCCGUCAAGCUCAACCUUCAUAUUACAUUGAUUUUGCCAAGUUAUUAGAGUUAUAUACCAGAUCAUUCAAGAUCAGUGAUCCCAAAGUUGCUGCCGAAUAUUUACUAUUAAUUGCCAUGACCACCACCAAUGAACAAGAACUUAACAAGUGUUAUGAGUUCUUGAGACAAUUGAUUUUAGUCACUAGAGAGUUUUCCAUGCUUUUAGGUGAGUUAAAUGAGUUCAAUGGAGAAAAGAUUCCUGGAUUAUUGGAGCAGCAACGUCUGCUUAUCAAAUUAGAAAAUUUGCAUGAUUUCAACCUCAAGAUUACUGAAAUAUGUGCUAUUAGAUGUGAAGAAGAGGGCAGAAUCUUUGAUGCGUUGAUCUUGUAUCAAUCAUGUGAAGAAUAUAAUACUGUUGUUGGAUUAAUCAACAAAUUAUUGAGUGAAUUGAUAUCCACCACAGACUUGAACAAGCCAUUGGUCAAACAAGGAAACUAUUCUUCUGGUAAUGACAAUGAAUCAGAUAACAAUAACCAAGAUACUAUUCAGAAUAACAUUGUUUUAUUAUCACAACAUAUAAUAAAGGUGUUUAUGAAUAGCAGUCAUAUUCUUGAGAAGGUCACGUCUGAAGUCAAGCAAACUAAUCAAAUCUUGUUACCCAUUGUGGAAAUUAGACAGACCUUCAUUUUGAAAGAUUGGAGAAAGGUCAUUGAGGAAAUUGGCAAGUUAGGGCUAUUGCCCUUAAAUCCACAAGCCACUUUUAACGACAUUAGAGAGUUGACUGAUUUGAUUGAAAUCAAUAAGCUUGAUUCUAAUUUGAUCAAGGUGAUUCCUUCCCUUCUCAUUAUGGUGUUAACCCUGAUCUCUCAAUUGAAUUAUAAUGUCUUACAACAAGCGUACCAACCAUUAAGUAAGGAAAGGGAAGAGGUUAAUACCUUCAAAACCAUUGCAAGGAAUUGCAUGGUAUAUGCUGGAAUGGUUCAGUAUAAGAUGCCAAGAGAGACAUACAGUCUAUUGAUAAACUUGGAGUCUCUGUUAUAG